AUGAGCGAACCAAACGCCAACAACGCCAACAACAACGACGACGAUCAUUAUCAUCGGCAACGAUUCCUCUCGCUGUCAAUAUCAUCAGCACCCUCUUCUGGCAAUCAAGUUAUUGAUCACAACUUGAAUAGCAUUCAAUUACAGCACAAAUUACCAACGCCAAUUAGUCCAACUACCACGACGGCUCAUCAUUUCGGAUCGCUUGUCAGUCAAUUUUCGAUAAAGCCUUCAACGUCAAACGAGGAAACAGACAAGCUAUAUACAUGCAUUGAGUGUGGCCAAAAUUUCAAUCGGGCUCAUAACCUAAAGUCGCACAGAGCGACACAUUCAGCCUCAAAGCCAUAUCAGUGUUCUGAUUGUAAGAAGCAGUUUCUACGUUUGCAUGAUUUGAAAAGACAUCAAAAAUUGCAUACAGGUGAAAGGCCUUAUCAAUGUUCUGUAUGUCAACGAUCAUUCAGCAGACUAGAUGCCCUUAAUCGACAUCGCAAGACGGAGGGAGGAUCCGCUUGUCUUAAGAGUAGCAAUAGUAACGGCAUGAAGUUCACUCCAAUUAGGAGAGUCGCUGUAUCGCCGAGCCUACCGUCAGCCAUAUCCUCAUCAUCGACAUCUCAAUGGCAGUUGUCCAGCAACAGCAGUAAGACCUUGCCGUCGCCCUUUCUUUCCAAGCCCAAUACGACUCCUGUCACUUCUGCAAUCUCUUACAGUGGCACAAAUUCACCAACAACCCCUUUGCCAUUCAUACUGCCCUUUAGCAAUACACCCAAUACUGAAGAAGAUGAAGUGGAUAAAUUGAGACAAAGGAUUCAUGAUUUGGAAAUAGAAAAUCGUGUGCUGAGAUCCCUUCUUUGUAAACAGGACGAUACAGUAGAGACCACUUCUGAUAUGGCUAAAAGGAGAAGAUCGCCUUGA